UAGUGAGGACAUCCCACCUCCUAUACAGUCAUCCCAUGAUGCCCACCGGGGCCAUAUCAAGAAGUCCAUAAAAAUUCCACCUUCUAGUCAGCUGUAGAUUCUGAGGACAGAACAAUGGGUCCAAAGUUCAGGGCGGACAUUUUAUUGCCGCAAAACCAACAACUGUGUGUGAUAUACUGCCAGCCGUGUGAAGGGCCGGAGAUUUAUCACCUGUCACCGCCAAAGAAUCUCGCACCUUCUCCUUUAGAAAUUUCUAGAGAGGUAGAAGACUGGUUGGACAUGUUGGAGAGGGAAGAAUGGUGUCUGGAGGAAAGACAAGAAACCAGGUGAUGUUGGUGCCCAUCUUUGCCUCUAUCUGAAGCUGGCCCAGUCUGACACCUGACUGAAGAGACUGGGAGCAUGUGAACUGUGUAACUGGGAAUGUGGACCGUUCCCAAGACUCUCCCAACUAAAAGUAAUGACCAGUUAUUUUGUUAAGAAGCCCCCGGUCUGGACUGCAGCAGAACUCUGAGCGCUGCCCUGAAGCACCACAAGAUCUGGUUUUAUAAUUUCCUGGAUAUUGAUUUUCGAGAGACAAAAUGAUUGAUCUGAGCUUCUUAACGGAUGCGGAGCAGGAGGCCAUCCUGAAGGUCCUGCAGAGAGACGCCGAGCUGAAGAAGGCGGAGGAGCAGCGUGUACGUCACCUACAGGAUGAAGUCAACGAUGAGAAUGAGUUAAAGUAUAAAAGUGGACAGUGGUUUUAUGACGCCAAAUCAAAGAGGCACCGGGAUAAAAUACAUGGAGCCGACUUAGUCAGAGCAUCAAUAAGGAAGCGGAAAAACCCAACAACUUUAGCCGAGCUAAGUCAAAGCGGUAAGGACAAAUCAAAGAGACGCUGGGUGAACAGUAUCAACCAAGACCUUUUUAUUCCUCCAGAACUGUAUGGUGUCAUGGAGUCACCAGAUGAAACAGAAGAAGACCUAAAGCUUAGUAUGGCCGAGACCAACCAGAGCGCAAAAAGAUUGAAUGUCGCCUCAAAAGAUACCGACAAAGGGGUCAUGAAAAAUGGAACGGCGUCACCGGCAAAACAACGAAAAAAUCCAUUCAAUUCUGAAGGGUCGGUAGAUGAAAUAGACCUCAGUAAUGGGAUGCCAGACCAGAGUCUUGGAGGUGACCAAGUGAAUGGACAAGUUGGAAAGAAAAGUGAUAUCAUGUCAUCCAUAAAAAAACUUGGUGUGAAAUUACCUUACCCAUCACCUGUCGGUAGCAGGCGGAGUUCACAGGAGGCUAAAGAAGAUUCUUUAUCGCAACAACCUCCAGUGCCAAAACCUAGAAAACUAUUGAUAAAUGGGCAGCCUCCAGACCGCUCCAACUCAUCACUUCAGAGAGAGGACUCCUUUAACAAUACAAACAAACCAAAAGGAAUUUUGAAACGUAGGUCAAGUUCUAGCUCGACGGACUCUGAAAGCAUAAGAAUUUCCCAGACUAUCGAACCGAUUAAAUUGGUUUUGCCAGCUUCACCUAUUCUGGAAGCCGAACAGACUAAUUUAUUCGAUGACCAAAUUACAUCUUCAGAAAACUCUCCAGAUAGACAAAAACAAGUGAGGUUCUCCGAGAACGUCCAUCAGAAGCCACCUACUCCAAAUCCAGAAUCUUAUAACCUACGGGAAAUUGGUGAAUUUGGAAUUCUCGAGCCUGUUUCCUAUCAAAAUGAACUGGAUGCUGAAUUUGUGGACCACCCUCUGGAAGAGUCCAGACCAAACAGAUACCCUUACUCUGAUGUAGACUACGACAACUCAACUGAGGUUCUCAACCAACUAAGUUCUCUUCAACAGAACCGAGCAUUAACUCUUCAGACUCAUCCAAAUUCCAAAGCUUUGGACAUUGAAAAAAAACAGGAAGACCAAAGCAAAAGAAUACAUAAUGGAAUAUCCGAAAUUCUACAUGAAAGCUACCCUGAGCUAAACAUUGAUUCUGCUGGUACGGAACCUUUGUAUGCUGUGGUGAAGAAACCUACCUCUUCGGAUCAAGAAAAAGACAUCGAUGUGGAUGAUUCUCUCGUGGAGCCAAUACUCCUUGGCCAAAGAGAGAAGACUGUGAACCAAAGUGAAAAACCACUGGAAUUUGGAAAGAGUUAUGGCGGAGUCGGUAAAGUAAACUAUGUAUCUGACAAUCCCACAAGCCAACCAGGAAAAGUCUACGUUCCCAAAAAUGAAGACUUCAUGACUCCUGACAGGGCUACUGAUGUGCAGUCAUCCUACGACUUUGUAGAUGAGCCAAAGACUAGGACUCAGGAUAUUGACUAUAUCAAAAAGUGGAAACAUCCAUAUGCUUCGGAAAAAGAAGACUUUGGGGCAGUGCAGGAGUUUCCUAAUGUUAAUUUUGGAGAAGGUGCGGAUGGUUCUGUUAAAUCCUAUCCAGAAUAUGGGACCAAGUCUAGGUAUUCGCCUAAAGAAUACAAAAUUGAUACAAAAUAUAAGUCAGUUGCUCUUAGGAAUACACCUGACAUUGAUGGUAGACAAGUAAUACCAGCAUCCAAAUUUCCAGAAGCCCAAAAUUUGCCCUCAUCUUCUAGACCAGUGAGCGGAGAUUUCCAAACACGUGAAAUGUUCUUACGUGAGAAUAGAGGAAAAAUAGACUUGCCCAAGUCUGCCAACUUUAAAGUAAUGUCCAUGAAAGAUAGAAUUCAUGAUAUGCCAAGAGAACAGAUGCCUAACCCUUCCCAGUUUCAGAGCUUGAAGCAUUUCUGGAAUGUAGAGGACAAAAAUCAGUCUAAGGAAGAUUUGGAUACGUCACCACAAAGAAUCCUGACAGAUGUCUUGAAGAGGAACAAGCCUACUCGAGCUGACCUGAAACCAAGGAACUCUAAAGAGAGUCCUAUAGAUGACCACAGUCUUCCCAGUUCAUUUGACAGCCUAUCUGAGGAGGAACAGACUUCUCACAAAGUAGCUUCUUGGUUAGCACGAUCUCCUGCUGUUUAUGGGACUGAGCAAGUGGAUGCUAGUGAAGAUCAAGUCCAUUCUGGUGAAGAAGUAAUGGAAAGUGUUGAGAAGACCAUGGUAGAUAGGAAGAGCCAAGCAGAAGAUUUUUCAAGUGCACUUCAGAAAUUAACAGAAGAAGCUUCACAGGUUCCCAAGAUUACCAACACUGAACGCCUUAAGAGUGAACCUAUACAGAUUUAUCCAGUUGCUGAGCCCGCCUCGUUUGAGAAAAAGAAAACAUCAAUUUUAGUGAAUUCGGCAGAAAAGAAGCAUCCUGCUAUAGGAUUUUAUGAACGGGUUGCACAAAUAAGUAGCACACAGUCCCCUGCGAAACAAACUAAAAUAGUUGAUGUACCAGCAGUAGGCACUGAGCAGUAUCCAAAAGAAGUUGAAGAAAGUGUAGAAAGAGCUGUAGCACCAGCAAAAACAGCAAAUGAAUUCAAAAUUGCUUUUCAGAAGCUUAUGGAAGAAGAUCAGUCCUCCAAAUCUGAUGAUGAAAACCAAGUAGAAGAAUCGAACCUACAAAGUGGGAAGCAACCAUUGGUUGAGGAGCAUGAGAUUAUAGAGAGAUCCUCUGUUCCCAAAGGAAAUGAUCAUCAGGAAUUUGUUUCGGCCCUGAAAAAGCUGGAAAUUGAAGCUUCCACACCACUCAACGUUGCGGAUCAGGAUGAGCAGCUUGAAAGCGUAUCGCCACCAAAGUCAGUGAGUCCUGUGAUGUCUGCAAAUUUUCAGAAGCUUAUGAGCGAGGAACAACCAAUGAAUGAGACUCAAGAGAUUAUAGAGAAAUCUUCUGUACCUAAAGGGAAUGAUCAACAGGAGUUUAUCUCUGCACUGAAAAAACUUGAGAUUGAAGCUUCCACACCACUCGACGUUGAAGAUCAGAAAGAGCUACCUGAAAUUGUAUCCCCUCCGAAAACAGUGAGUCCUGUGAAAUCUGCCUUUAAAAUUGGUUUUGAACAUAUGACUCCAACUGAAGAUGUAUUGGAGUCUACUCAAAAGGUCAAUGUAGCUUAUCCAAUUCAGUCAUCUCCAACCUAUCGUAAAGAUAGAAACGAGUUUGAAGAAGUGGUUGAGAGAAGCACAGCACAUAAUAGAACAGAUGAAGGUGACCUCAGUGCUUCGCCGAAGAAACAGGACGACGAAGCUGCAGUCAGUGACCCAAGUCUAGAACUAGAGGAGACCUAUGAAAAGCCAAAAAUGACCCCAACUUUACAAAGCACAAUGCUAAUUUCUACUGUACAAAACGUUGAAAGUCCAAGUUUUGAUGUAAAAACUAUUCCUUCCUCAUCUGUGGAAAACCAAUCCUAUUUAGAAGAUCCAUAUUCAAUGAGAAACAGCAAGUCAAAAGAGGAGGCUGAGGACACUUAUGUGAUCCCUGAAAGAGAAAUGCCUAAAUAUACUUAUGAUGGAGAAGGAAAGCUUCCGGUGGAAGAAGAAACCGUAGAAAAGACUAUUGUUAAUAUGGAAGAGAGCAGUGCAGACUACCGUAGGCGGUUAACGCAGCUGGAAGAAGAAGCAACGAUCCCAGAAGAACCAGAAGAUCUGUCAUUCAGUGAGAAGUUCCACGUUUCACAGGCUCCAAUGAAGGAAGUGUUUGUUUCAAAGAAAGUGUUUCCUAGCAGUGAAUCAAUGCCAACAGUGCUGCCCUCUUCAAGAGGUAUCCCAAAGGAUCUCAGUCAGCCACAACCCUAUGCCUACCAGGAGCUGGCAAAUUACCCUCCAUCUCCAUCUGACCAGUCUGGCUCUUUCACAGGAAGCGCAGGAAAUGUGCUAUAUAAGAAGCCAGACACUUCUGAACUAUCAAAUUCUAAAAAAGGUAAGCCAGCUCUUGCAGGCAGCCCAAAUUACUCCAAUUCAUCCAGACAUGAUAAAUACACAUUUGAGGGUAUGAAGGCGCAAGAUGAGUCCAUCAGUAAAGUUCUAGAUUGGUUUAGUAGAAGUUCCGACUCUGUUGAUGACCCGUCGCCAUCUGUAGGUCAGUUGGAGGAAACAAAAACGAGGAAUUAUCCUGACAAAACUGAGGAAUCUUCCGGACCCAGUGUUGAUGAAAGUGAAGCCAAACUCAAAAUGAGGGCCAUUCCUAAAAUGUCUGAGAUUUCGGAACCAAAAGAGGACAUAAAGAAUACCGGUCCUGACCAGCCAAAGAUUCUGAAUAUGACUGCUAUGGAAGAUGAAUCCCUUCCACCCCAACAGGUGCCAUUACCAGACCUCUUGGAGUUUGGAAAGAGUGGAAGUGGGUGUGGAAAAAUUCAGAGUAGGUCAAUCAAUGACUAUUCUUUCGAAAAAGAUCCACAAAUUCCUGUUGAGGUAGCAUUUGAAGAAGACAAAGAAAGUUCGGAAGGUGAAAAGGAAGAAAGUAACAUAUUGAAGGACACAACACCUUCAUUAGGUAUAGGUGAUACAGGACCAAUGGAAGCUGGUAACAAUAAAGAAGAAAAUAAUGUAUUGGAGGAUACAAUGCCUUCAUUAGGUAUAGGUGAUACAGGACCAAUGGAAGUUGGCAAGAAUAAAGAAGAAAAUGUAUUGGAGGACACAAUGCCUUCAUUAGGUAAAGGAGAUACAGGACCAAUGGAAGUUGGCAUGAAUAAAGAAGAAAAUAAUGUAUUGGCGGACACAAUGCCUUCAUUAGGUAUAAGUGAUACAGGACCAAUGGAAGUUGGCAAGAAUAAAGAGGAAAAUAAUGUAUUGGAGGACACAAUGCCUUCAUUAGGUAUAGGUGAUACAGGACCAAUGGAAGUUGGCAAGAAUAAAGAAGAAAGUAAUGUAUUGGAGGACACAAUGCCUUCAUUAGGUAUAGGUGAUACAGGGCCAAUGGAGAAUGCUGAUUCUGACCAGCCAAAGAUUCUGAAUAUGACUGCUAUCGAAGAUGAAUCCCUUCCACCCCAACAGGUGCCAUUACCGGACUUUUUGGAGUUUGGAAAGAGUGGAAGUGGGUGUGGAAAAAUUCAGAGUAGGUCAAUCAAGGACGAUUCCUUUCAAAAAGAUCCACAGAUUCCUGUUGAGGUAGCGUUUGAAGAAGACAAAGAAAGUUUGGAAGGUGAAAAGGAAGAAAGUAAUGUAUUGAAGGACACAAACCCUUCAUUAGGUAAAGGUGAUACAGGACCAAUGGAAGCUGGUAACGAUAACGAAGAAAGUAAUGUAUUAGAGGAAGCAAUGCCUUUAGGUAUAGGUGAUACAGGACCGACGGAAGUGGGCAAGAAUAAAGAAAAUAAUUUAUUGGAGGACACAAUGCCUUCAUUAGGUAUAAGUGAUACAGGACCAAUGGAAGUUGGCAAGAAUAAAGAAGAAAGUAAUGUAUUGGAGGACACAAUGCCUUCAUUAGGUAUAGGUGAUACAGGGCCAAUGGAGAAUGCUGAUUCUGACCAGCCAAAGAUUCUUAAUAUGACUGCUAUCGAAGAUGAAUCCCUUCCACCCCAACAGGUGCCAUUACCGGACUUUUUGGAGUUUGGAAAGAGUGGAAGUGGGUGUGGAAAAAUUCAGAGUAGGUCAAUCAAGGACGAUUCCUUUCAAAAAGAUCCACAGAUUCCUGUUGAGGUAGCGUUUGAAGAAGACAAAGAAAGUUUGGAAGGUGAAAAGGAAGAAAGUAAUGUAUUGAAGGACACAACACCUUCAUUAGGUAUAAGUGAUACAGGGGCAGUGGAAGUUGAUAAGAAUAAAGACCAAGAGGUUAUAACUCUAGAACAAAGUGAAGACCAAAGUUCUAGAAAGCAGAAGGAUGGAUCAGUUGUUCCACCAAAGAGAGUUAGUGAUAUCAAACUAUUGUGGGAAGGGGAUAGGCCAUCUCAAGACACAGCCAAAAAGCCAACCUUAAUCAGUAUCAAGCCCACCUCUGUUGAUCUAUCUAUUACUCCGAAAAGCAGUUCUUUUGACAGCGAUGAUCAUAAUGGCGCAAGCCUUGUCACUUUUAAAAAGGUCAUGGUGGAGGAUGAGGAGGAUUCCAUGCCUCCUGUCGAUCAGCUAAAAUCAUAUUGGGAAAAUGAGAAGAACAAAAACAAAACUAACAAUAGACAGUCUAUGUCGAAUGGAAGCCAGAGUGAUGACAAAGGGGUACAUUUGGUGGAUCUUCGGUCAAAGUUCAAAAAGAGGCAUACAUUUCAUGAUUUUUUCGAAAAAGAAAAAUCUACUAAUCUGGAGAAAAAUCCUCCUGGUAGAAGUGUUUCACUUAGUGAAAGUGCAAAUGAGGGCCUUAAAGAUCGCAUAAAAUCUGCAUCCUUUCAGAACUUAAAAAACUUCUGGAAUACAUCGAGUAAGUCAGACGAUAAACCUACUAGUCAAGCCCUCCCUGAUAAAAUGAAUAAGCAGUUUGGUUCCAAUCCUGACAUAAGAAGCAAAGAACCAGUUGGAUGGAGAUUGAAAGGAAGACUAGCCGCAAAGAGUUUACAAGACAUUAGAGAGGAUCCCUCAGUGUAUGGGGCACAACCUAUGUCUAGGAAAUUUAGCAAAGGAUCUAGUGGUGAGGACGACCCACUGAAUUCAGUAAUAAAUCCUAUUAACAAUAGUGUUGAAAAUAGUAAACUUGAGAAACCCAUAGGUUCAGUUGAUAUAACGGCUCAAGAAAGUUCAGGAACCUCCAACUAUCCAAAAUUUUCCCAUGCGCUUUUUGAUGAGUCUGAAACAAAGCAACAUCCUGAGAUACCUGCUGAGAAACAGGCAGCUCUUGCAGAAAUUACAGAACCAUCAGUUGCUCCAAAUAGGAUUGCAAAAAGUGAACUUAGCCUAAGGUUAAAAAAAACAUUACAGGGCGAGGUAUCGGGUAAAAACUUUUCCUUGCCAGAAGAGAGGCCACAUUCCAUGACUUUUGAAAAUGGUUCAGCUGAUCAUAAUGUGUAUCGAGAUAAAGAAAAUGGGGAAAUGAAUGAGAUGGGUCGAAAACUGCUUCUUGUAAAACAAAGUGGACUUGAUGUUGAUUCACCUGUGUCUUCUAAUGGGACUGUGUUGCUUCAAGAAAAUGAGUAUCCUACAGGAGAAGCAUCUGAUUUGGGAGAAGCUGUUAAUGAAAGCAUUGAGAAAACGGUCCUCAAAAAGGACCCUAGUGAUCUCGGUAAAAAAUUACAAAAUCUGUACAAUGAAUCUUUAAAUGCGGUAGACAUGCAACAUGGAAAUCUAUCUCAGCUAGAGUAUAUGGACAUAAAUGAACCUGACCAGAAUUUUAGCAAGGUCCUAGCAGUUUCUUCAGGAAAUAUGAGCAAAAACAUCCAAAGUUCUGAGCCUAUAAUAGUCAAUAUUUCUUCCAAAAAGACACAGAUUGGUAAUGAUCUUCCCAUUGAACCUGGCCAAUUGGAACAAGCUGAAAUAAGUUCCAGUAAAGUUGUGAAUACAACUUUUGAGAAACCCAUAUCUGAACUAAGAGAACCUGUGGAAAAUGAACUGUCAUCGAAACCAAAUGUCUACAAGGAUAAUGUUCUUCAUCCGGAAGAACGAAGUAGAAAAGAAAUUAUAGAAAGAAUUGAGAUGCCUACUGUUCUACCCAAAAAACGCUUUAGUGACUUUGAUGAGAAACUAAGACAACUGUAUGAAGAGUCACAAAAUUCUCAGCCUGAUCUUGCGGAGGUCUCAGACAGUGGUAACAUUGCAGAGAAUGAGAGUGCUGGAGUAAAUAAUAAAGCCAAUGUUUAUUUGUAUUUGAGUGAACCAAAGAAAACAUUCCUUAAAUCGUCUACAGUAUAUCUGGAGUCGUCUCAGCCUGUAUCAGCUGAUCGAGAAACAGUGACUGAUGAAAGCGCUCUUUCCCAGGAUAUGUCGGUACAGGAAGUCAAUGAGACAAUUGAGAAAACCGUAGCACCAACAAGAAUAUCUACUGCUAAGAGUUUAGAAGAACUUCAAAAAGAGGCCCUGAACGAGGAAGAAGGGGCAUUCUUAGGAAAUGUCUCUUCUGGUCACGUGGCUCUUAAUGAGUCCCAUCCCGAGUUGAAUGAGCCAGCGAUGAGAGAAAGUAGUGUUUCUGAAGACACUGUGGAAGAGGGAACCAAACUUGCCAGAUAUGAAGAACCUCAAGAAGGAACUCCAGAAACCUUCUUGUCUAAUAGGCAGAGCACCCCUGUGAAAGACAAAAACAGCUCUUUAAGGAAAAGCACAUUGGAACUUUAUCUUGAGGCACCGUAUCGAAGAGAGUUAUCGAAGAGUAUAGAUUUUGACAUUUCUCAAUAUGUUACUUCAGAUGUCGACAAAUGUAUGGAAGAAUCAAACCCAGUUUUGAGCGCAUUGAAAAGGAGCACAGAUAAAAAAUUGGUUUACGCCAAAGCUGUAGAGGAAGUGUCCCCCUCAAGUACAAAUCAAAGCAAACCGAACAGCCAAAAAGGAGACACAUUAGGUCCUAUAGAGAAUUCCUUCCCAGAAAAUGCUGAAAAAUUCAAGCGGAUGAGUCAGUCGGUGCCGACAUUCCUUCAAGACGAUACUGAUGGCAGAGACACAGACUCGGCAUCAGAAAGCAGUUUUCAGAUUGGCAGACACAAGAAGAGCCCAAGCUCUCUAACCAAUCUUAGUGGCUCGUCUGGCAUGGCGUCAAUGUCUUCUGUAAGUGGGAGUGUCAUGAGCAUGUACAGCGGUGAUUUCGGCAAUGUGGACAUUAAAGGUGGCAUUGAAUUUUCCAUUGACUAUGUGGAGCAGUUGAAGGAGUUCCACAUCUAUAUCUACCAGUGUAAAGACCUGGCAGCAGCGGAAGUCAAGAAGCAGCGCUCUGACCCAUACGUGAAGGCUUAUUUGCUUCCAGAGAAAGCAAAGAUGGGAAAAAGGAAGAGUGCAGUGAAGAAAAAGACCCUGAAUCCUGUGUAUAAUGAAAUACUGAGGUAUAAAAUCCCAAAAGAAUCUCUUGAAACUCAGACACUGAACUUAUCUGUGUGGCACCAUGAUGUACUUGGUCGGAACAGCUUCCUGGGUGAAGUAAAUUUGAAUUUGGCAACAUGGGAUUGGAACAAUACCCAGAGGAAUUGGUACCAGCUUGAGGCACGGACACCAGCAUCUGGUAUUGGGUUGGAGAACAGAGGAGAGAUGAAACUGUCUCUAAUGUAUAUUCCAAUGUCUCCCCCUGAGGUUAGUAAAAAGCCGACCAAAACGGGAGAAGUGCACAUCAUGAUCCGAGAAUGUAUCCAGCUGCCGAUGCUUCGUGAAAACAAGAUCAACUCAUUUGUAAAAUGUACUAUACUACCAGACACCAGCAGGAAAAGUCGCCAGAAGACUCGGACUGUGGACAAAACCCCUAACCCUAUUUUUAACCACACGAUGGUUUACGAUGGGUUCAAGGAAGAAGACCUGAGAGAAGCCUGUGUGGAGCUGACAGUCUGGGACCACAAUAAACUGUCCAAUCAUUUCUUGGGGGGCAUAAGAAUAGGACUUGGAACAGGCAAGAGCUAUGGAACAGCUGUCGACUGGAUGGAUUCCAGCCCUGAGGAAUCAACAAUGUGGGAAAAGAUGAUCGCCUCACCCAACACCUGGAUUGAGGGCAUGCUGCCACUACGUAUGUUCAAGAUGGCCAAGCUGAAUAAAUGAGAAAAGGUUCUAUAUCCUUCCAUAACUUCCUGGCACUGCGAUCACUUUCCAUACCAAUAAUCCUCACUUCUAUCCUCUGAACCUCAGUCCAUGGGUUUCAUAAGCCUAAAAUGUCAUCGCGUCCCUAACUCUUUACGGUGGUCUUGCAAAGAAUAUUCUAUGACAAAUGAACAGCGUUGUGUUCUGCUGACAACUAUUUACAGUACAAGAUCUCUGGUUCUCUGCCACUUUAUCUUUGAUUUCUUCCUUCAAGCCCCCAAUAAUGAAGAUUCCAAGCCACAGAAACUUCUUGGAUGUGGAAUCUGUAACCUAUUGCUUAUUUGGCAGUUUCCAUUGGUUUAUUUGAACCCGUACUGGGCUUCAAAGUCCACGAUAUGUCUGAAGAUAAUCUAUGUUGGAGACGCCAUGUUUCAGGAAUCUUCUAAAGGGGUCUGGGUUGUGUUAGUGUCGCAGUUAGUAGAGUAAAGCAAAUCUACAGUAACAUACAGAAAAUCUGAAUCUAAUGAAUCCACCAUCAAUUUAUGCAGUUUUGUUAGUCAUUCCGCUUUCCAGUGUUCCGAUUCCUCAGAGGAGUUUGGACUUCAAACAUUUGGAAAGCGAAACGACUUUUACAAGACUGUAUGAAUCAAUGGCCCAGUAGAUUUGCGUUUGGCAAAUGUUACUGUAGAUUCACUCAACUCUAAAGACCAAAUGCUUACUCUUAGUAUUUCGAGGGAGCCAAGGUGAAAGUCUCUACUGUAUGUUACCUUCUGCCAAGUAUCCAUGAUUAUUCCCGCCAUAUGUGUGGCAUAGGCCCUUUUUAAUGGUAAACAUUUCCAUUGCGUAUCCCUCCACUUACGCUGCUAUCGGUAAAUAGCUCAGACUUCAUUUGACAUUUCUGUUAUGGGGGAAAGGAUGGUGACACAAAACCAAAGGUAUUUGUCAGUUGUUUGUUUUUUUUUUUUUUUUUUUACAAAAUAUGGGGACAGGUGGUGUAAAAUAUGAAUAUCUAUAAAUAUAUUUAAUUUUUAUUGCCUUUUGGACAAUGUUGGUGUUACUAGGAAAGAACAGUUUAUGGCUAGAAAACACAUGCGAAUAUAAAUAUAUUAUUAUUAUUUUUUUUUUUUUUUUAGCCAAAGCCAGAAAUGGAUCCUAUCCUAAACGUAUGAGUCUUUUUUAACUUUUCUAUUUCUUAUUCUUUUUAAAUCCGCUCCUGGCUUUGGCUCAAAUAAAAAAAAAAUAAAAAAAAAAAGGAAGAAAAAAAAAAGAAACUGCAUCAAAAACUGCAAGUGUGUUUCCAGUCUGAAUUAUUCCACCUUUCACCAAUGGUAUAAGAUUAAGUUUUUCUGUACUUUAAAUGUAAAACAUGAACUAUCGACUAAACCUGUACUUGUGUCUAUGGGGUUUUUGUACAAAAUAAAAUGUAAAAGAAAAAAUAAUUUUAGAAUGUGAAUGUAAAUAUGUAAUUAUCUCAAUAAAAUGAUUGAACUUC